AUGUGGAUAAAUGUCCGGUACAAUGGCGUACAGAGCGCGGUGAAAAAUGUCAAGUGCAUAUACCAGUGGAACCGAGAAAUUAGCACAAGCAGGAUUUACAGAGACAGAAAAGAAAAGGUGGUCAUCCUGGGUUCAGGAUGGGGUGGUAUUCACUUUUUUAUAAACAUCGAUUUUAGAAAGUACGAUGUGACUCUAAUCUCUCCCAGGAGUUACUUUACCUUCACCCCUUUGCUGCCCUGUGUGUGUAGUGGAACCCUCAGCGCCAAAGUGUGCACAGAGAAUAUUUCCACCUUUUUGAGAAAAAAGGGAUCGUCAGCUAGGUAUCUGCAGCUCGAAUGCACAGAUAUACUCCCCGAAGAAAGGCAUGUGAUAUGUAAAGACAACAAAAAAAAUGAAGUAAAAAUUGCGUACGAUUACCUAAUCAUAUCCGUAGGAGCUAAGACGAAUUCUUUCAACAUUAAGGGGGUUGAAAAACACGCCUUUUUUGUGAAGGAUGUCCCAGGGGUGAUAAACAUCCGCAAGAGGUUCCUAGAUGUCCUAAACCUAUGCUCCACGGAGAGAAUCUCGAAUGAAGAAAGAAGACAACUCUUACACGUCGUAGUGGUUGGAGGUGGACCCACAGGAGUGGAAGUCGCAGGAGAGUUCGCUGACUUCAUUAAUAAAGACGUCAAAAGGAAGUAUAAAGAUAUUUUCCCUUUCAUAUCUGUGAGCAUUAUCGAAGGCGGGAAGAAUCUACUGCCCACCUUUACGCAAAACAUCUCCGACUUCACCAAGAAGACAUUCCUGAAUUCGAAUAUCAACGUACUGACUAAUUACUACGUAACAGAGGUGGACGAACGUACCAUAUGCAUCCAAUCUAGUGCAGAUAAGGAUGAAAAGAGGAAACACAUCCCAUAUGGUAUACUCAUUUGGGCCAGUGGAUUAGCACAAACUCCUCUCAUUACCAAUUUUUUGAAAAAAAUACCUGAACAAGUCAACAAUAAAAUUCUGAACGUAAAUGGACAUCUCGCCGUUAUCGGAAUUAGGGAAAAAAAUAUUUACGCGAUUGGAGAUUGUAAAAAGAUACAACCUCUUCAGCUGCAUGAACAUUUGAAUGACGUCCUGAAUCAUUUUUCUCCCGGCUGCACGAGUUUCUCUUCUGAUUUGCUUAAAUCCAAGGCGAAUGAGUUGUCGAAAAAGUUCCCACAAGUCAGCCAAUCCAAGUGGGACUACAAAAAAAAUAAAAGGACCCAAAUGGACAAGAAUCAAUUUUGUCAUUACCUAAAAGAGAUAGACCAGAAUUACCGGUCUCCCACUCCUACUGCUCAGAAUGCUAAGCAGGAGGCCUAUUUUUUGUCCAACCUUUUUAACACUCUGAUGGAGAAGAAAGCUGAUGGGAAUCACUUCCCUUCUUUUGUCGAAAAAUGGAAAGGAUCCAUCGCUUACAUAGGAAGUCACCAGGUCGUGGCUCACCUCCCCUUCUUAGAAAUUCGGGGAGGGCUCUUCUCCUUCACCUUCUGGAAAAUGGUGUACAUACAAUUGCUCCUGACGUGGAGAUCUAGAUUUGCCUUUAUUCUGGACUUUCUGCGCAUCAAGAUUUACGGCAGGCCCUUUUCCAAAUGA